CUCGAAGAUUCGAAUUUCGGUAAUUGUUAGGGCAAAUUUAUACUGUUGUGGCUCCUAGUAUAGGACCAGGGUAACUGCAAUAAACAAUACUGGUUCUGAACAGUAUGACUUCACAAGCCGCAAUGAGCGUGGUGGAAGACUAUGCACGACCUGCCCAAUUUGGCAUAAACGACAAAGACCCAGAGAUUGAGGACUCCGCAGACGAGGAGACUCAUGACCAAAUGAUAGAGAAUGAAGAGAUGGGAUGGGCUCAGCAAGCCGAAUUGGAGACGGAUGCGUACUCCGAGUGGUCCGAGGAGAGUGAAGAGGAAGUCGACCCCGCAGUUCAAGAGGACAUGGACAAAUUCGUGGCAACGUUCAAAGGCAUUAAAGAUCGAUUCAGGCUUAUAAAUCGAAUUGGAGAAGGCACAUUUUCCACCGUUUAUAAGGCGGAGGAUCUGAAUUAUGACAUGUUUGAAAACAGCUGGGAUUUGGAACAAAAGGAGAUCGAGAAGAACGCCAAAUGGGCUGCGCCAGAAUUAAAAAGAGGCUCUGUUGAAACUAUCCGUCGAAAGCCCAAGUUUGUUGCCAUUAAGCAAAUCUAUGUUACCAGCAGUCCGUCCCGCAUCCUCAACGAGCUGGAUCUCCUGAACGAUCUCCGCGGUUGUCUAUCCGUUUGCCCGCUCAUAUCAGCCUACCGUCACACCGACCAAGUGGUGGCCGUCCUUCCCUACUUUAAGCACUCCGACUUCCGAGAGUAUUUCCGGAAGAUGACCAUCCCAGAUAUGCGUAUCUACUUCCGCUCCCUCUUCGUUGCCCUCGCCGCAGUCCACAAGCAGGGAAUUCUACACCGUGACAUCAAACCCACAAACUUUCUUUACGAGCCGUCAAGGCGGCACGGCGUGCUUGUCGAUUUCGGUCUUGCUGAGCGCGAAGGCACGGAGAGCAAGCCCUGUCUAUGCCAGCAACAUUCUGUUGAUCGUCGGCGGCAUAUCAAUAACAGCGUUGCGGCGUCCAAUGGGCCUGCAGCUGGCUAUCCUAAACAGGACACUCGCCCUUCUCGUCGAGCGAACCGUGCCGGAACCCGUGGUUUCCGUGCGCCAGAGGUUCUCUUUAAAUGCACGGCACAAACAACCAAGAUCGACAUCUGGUCCGUGGGUGUCAUCCUCCUCACUAUCCUGUCACGACGCUUCCCCUUCUUCAACUCGGCAGAUGACGUUGAGGCCACGAUUGAGAUUUCAACAAUCUUCGGCUCGAAACGUAUGAAGCAAGGGGCACUCCUACACGGAACUGUCUUCGAGACCAACAUCCCAACAGUCGGGCAACAGGGAUUCAGCCUCGAGAAGAUUAUUCUGUGGAGCACGUGCAGGACAGAAAACGAUGCCAAUGGGAAGGAUGUCUCGUUGAGUGAUGAGGAGAAACUAGCGAUACGAUUCUUGGAACGCUGCUUUGAUUUGGAUCCAAACAAGCGGAUAAGUGCAGCGGAAGCACUGGAGCAUCCUUUUUUGAGAGAGAAAGAUGCAGCUACGGAGGACGAAGAUGGGGACGAGAUAAAUAUGAUAUGACGAGCGACAAAUGUUUUUGGGGAGUUGGGGACGGCAUUUAAGGGGCAUUGCAUAGGGUAGGCUUCAUCAUGGUUCAUUCCAGGCGUUUAAGACGUUGCUCAGCAGCUAGAGAUACCACGAUUAUAGAAGCACUGUAAUAAUCACA